UUCGUAACCCACAUCAGCACAUCGGUCACUUGGUCCUCAGCCGAGCCAUCCAUCACUAUCUGCCGCCCAGCCGUCCUCCUGCUGCCCAGCUGCCCAGAACUCCAGUGACAUCAUGGCCGUGUCUCGUCUCCUCCUCCUCACCACCAUGCUGCUUCUGGGGGCCGUCAUGAUCACAGAAGGGCUGCGUAUGGCCAGUGGCCCAAAGAUGUGCUGCUUCAAGUUUGAAACUCGCCCACUGCCUCAGAAGCGUGUGAUUGGCUACAGCCGCACCAGCUCACAGUGCCCUAAAGCUGCCGUGGUGCUUCAGACGGCGAGGCGUCAGGUGUGUGCACAGCCCUCUGAGGCCUGGGUGCAGAAGAUCAUCAUCAGCAUGGACGCCCAGAACGCUGGCGAGCAGAGCCCACUGUGAACAUGAGGCCCUCACACACACACACACACUUUAUUGAACACGAGGCCUACAUACAAACAUACACACUUUGUAUUCUGUGCAAGAUUUUGAAUAGAAUAUAAAUAUAUAUAUAUUUCACAACUCUAGAGGGGACUCUUCAGUUGCCAAAAAUACCUAAACCUGCAUAGAGUACCUGAAAACUGUCAUAUUAUUUUCACUGAUUGCGAGGAAUAAAUGAAUGUAUGAUAUCUGUACCGUAGAUAAAAUAAGCUUUGGUUUUUUUUGUCAAACAUUUACCUCUGAAGAGCAUACACAUGCCAAUUGAACAAAGCUAAUAUAGUAAUAUUGUCCUGUAUUGUAUCCUGUAAUCCUCAUAUUUCAUAUAUCUUGACCUCACUUACAUCUUGACCUCUUAUGUAAUAAACCUUAUCAGUGUGAAA